UCUUCUUCUUCUACUUUUAAGAACAGGAACGAACAACGACCCCUUUAUCACAUGAAUUCGUCAUCUCUUUCUUGUCUGAUGAUUCCCCAAGAACGCAACCGUUGAUCCCCCCCCGUGAUCAGUCCGACCGCGAACAUCGUACCCAUCUCCACGAACCCACCAACUUCCAAGCGCCCGGAUCCAAAUUCUUGCGGCGUCGACUCCUCGGGAUCGUCGCUUUUUCUUGCAUCUGCGCGCGUCCUUGGGGCCGAGGGAGAGUGCCAAUUCUUGAAAGUUUCCUCAUUUUUUCUCGCCAAUUCGGGCUCUUUCGGCUCGCGGUUCUGCGCCCGAUCGUGGGUCCUUCGCCAAAGCCGUGCGGACGCGAGGGAUGGCGGGUCUUUGAUCUGAUCGAGGCCAAAUUUUUGGGUUCCGAACUGGCGGGUGUUCGAUUCUCGGAUUAAAUUUCGUUCUUUUUUCCGACCGCUGUGUCGACUGCGCAACCGUGCCUCAUGGCAUAUAAGGGCAUCCCAAAUGAGAGAAGGAGUAGGAGUUCGAUGCCUAUAUUUGUCGUAGUUGGUUUGUGCUGUGUCUUCUACAUUUUGGGUGCAUGGCAGCGAAGUGGUUUUGGAAAAGGAGACAGCAUUGCAGUUGAAAUCACCAAACAGGCAGAUUGCAGUAUCCUCUCCAAUCUACACUAUGAAACACAUCAAAACGGCGAUGCCUUGAUAAUGGAUGAUUCCAACACGGACAUCAAGGAAUUCAAGCCAUGUGGUGAUCAAUAUAUUGAUUACACGCCAUGUCAGGACCAAAUGCAGGCUAUGAUGUUCCCUCGAGAAAAUAUGAAUUACAGAGAGAGGCACUGUCCCACUGAAGAAGGGAAGUUGCGUUGCCUUGUCCCAGCGCCCAAAGGAUAUAUGACCCCAUUCCCAUGGCCCAAGAGUCGUGACUAUGUUCCCUUUGCCAAUGCACCGUACAAGAGCUUAACUGUUGAAAAGGCUGUCCAGAACUGGAUCCAGUAUGAGGGCAAUGUGUUCAGAUUUCCAGGAGGCGGAACGCAGUUUCCAAAUGGGGCUGAUGCUUAUAUUGAAGAACUUGCUUCUAUCAUUCCGUUGGAUAAUGGGGUGGUUAGAACUGCACUCGACACUGGAUGUGGGGUUGCAAGUUGGGGUGCAUACCUGUUCAAGAAAAAUGUUAUAGCCAUGUCAUUUGCACCCAGAGACUCUCAUGAGGCUCAAGUUCAGUUUGCACUGGAGCGAGGUGUCCCUGCAGUUAUUGGAGUUCUUGGGACCAUAAAACUGCCAUAUCCAACUAGAGCUUUUGACAUGGCUCACUGCUCUCGCUGCUUGAUACCAUGGGCUUCCAAUGGUGGGAUGUACAUGAUGGAAGUUGAUCGAGUUCUUAGACCCGGUGGUUAUUGGGUCCUUUCUGGUCCUCCCAUUAACUGGAUCAACAAUUACCAAGCAUGGCAGCGUCCAAAAGAAGAACUUGAGGAGGAGCAAAGGAAAAUUGAAGAGACUGCCAAACGUCUUUGCUGGGAGAAGAAGCAUGAAAAGGGAGAAAUUGCUAUAUGGCAAAAAAGAACCAACUAUGAUUCUUGCCAUGGCAAAGAUCUGGAGCCCGCAGUGUGCAAAUCCACAAAUCGAGAUGAUGUCUGGUACAAGAUAAUGGAGGCAUGUGUUACUCCAUACCCUGAAACUACUGAUCCAGAAGAAGUUGUGGGUGGGGCAUGGAAGCCAUUUCCAGAAAGAUUAAAUGCCAUUCCACACAGAGUUUCCAGUGGUUCAAUACCUGGAGUGUCAGCUGAUUCAUUUCAGGAGGACAACAAGACGUGGAGGAAACAUGUAAACUUUUACAAGACAGAGAACAAGAUUAUUGGUUCAGGGAGGUAUCGGAACAUCAUGGACAUGAAUGCUGGUCUGGGGAGUUUUGCUGCAGCUCUGGAAUCUCCAAAACUAUGGGUCAUGAAUGUCAUGCCCACAAUAGCUAAGAGAGACACUCUUGGUGUUAUUUAUGAGCGUGGGCUGAUAGGCAUAUAUCAUGAUUGGUGCGAAGCCUUCUCCACAUAUCCGAGGACAUAUGAUCUCAUUCACGCGCAUGGAGUUUUCAGCUUGUACAAGGAUAAGUGUAACAUGGAAGACAUUCUCCUCGAGAUGGAUCGUAUCCUACGACCAGAAGGAGCAGUCAUUUUCCGGGACGAAGUGGAUGUGCUGCUAAAGGUGAAGAGGAUUGUGGCAGGAAUGAGGUGGAACACAAAGAUGGUGGAUCAUGAGGAUGGUCCUCUGAUCACCGAGAAAGUUCUCUUCGCCGUCAAGCAGUACUGGGUUGCCGGCGAAAGCAGUUCUAUGUCCGCACCGCAGAUGGGUUAAAGAAAGGAUGACUAGAGUGCAGUUCUUGCAUGAACACUGCUGCUUUAGCCGUUCAAUGACAAAGAAACUCAUUCCGACUCACUUGCGCAUCCCCAGAGAGAGGUGUGAUAACGUGCAACCCUUCUAAUUUUAUGUACAGAUGACCCUAAUUCUUCAAACAAUCUAUAGUCCCUUAGCCUUUUCCUUUUUUCUUUUUCCUUUUUGUGCUUCUUCAAAUUCUUUUUUUCCUAAUGAAUUUUGCAGCACUGUUAAUGCUAACUGAGGCCGGUAUGCGUCUCCCUUGAACAUGACUCAUUAGCAUUCUGUUUGAGGGAAGCUACCGGCCUCUCUUUUGUAAUUCCACUUUCAGAUUUCUGGAACAAUCAUUUGUUA